CGGCCACGGCUUCGGGCUUACAGCAUCCAGCCGCCAUCGUGAGUGCAUCGCGACCGAUCAGCCGCGAUAGUACCCUUCGAAUCUAGCGUUCAGUAACCGUUUCGGAUCGUGACCGGUAUCUUCCGCGAGAAAGGAAGUACCUUGAAAACUGGUUCGUGGUUUUUCGGUCGCAUUUUAUUCAGUGAUUGUCGGGACAUCGAUAUUUGUUUGGAAGACUUCAUCAACUGGGUUCAUCUUUGGGGACUCUGGUCUAGGUUCUUGGCUGUUUAGCAGUGAAGAAGGAAGAAAAGGUUGAAAGUUGGUUCGCCAUUUUUUGAUCACAUCUUAUUGAGUGAUUUUCCUCGGAAUAUCGAUAUUCAUUUGGAAGACUAUAAACUGGGUUCAUCUUUGGGAACCCUGGACUAGGUUUUUGUCGGUUUAGCAGUGGGAAAGAGGAAAGUCUCUUGAAAAUUGGUUCACGAUUUUCUGGUCAAGUUUCAUUCAGUGAUUUUCAUCGGGACGUCGAUAUUGAGUUGGACGACUCAGCAGACCAGGUCCACCUUUAGCGUCUCUGGUCCAGAUCCCCGGCUACUUAUCGAGAAGAAUCUUUUGUCUAGACCCAGGGGAGUGUUUCCCGGUAAUCUCCGGGCGGAGAGCUAGAGACAGCGAGUAUCGUGAGUUCAGUAGAUAGAAGGCCAAUAGAGCUGGCGAAAGAAAGUGGAGCGGCGGAGUGGAUCGAGGAUUUUAUUCGGUGCUACAUGAAACUCGGUUACUCGCUGGUUAUUCGGUUCUGGGUAGGGUGCGAAGAGUUCGAACCAAUUGGAGGACAAUCUUUCAGUCGCGUUGAAGGAACAUCAACGAGCUCGAAGCUUGUCGAUUGGACCCGCAAUUCUAAAUAGCGCGUCGUGGGGAUUUACCCAGGUGGUAGCGGAUUAAGCGAAAGGUUUUGUGAGCUAGUGAUUCGGAGGAAGCGCGCUCGGGAUCUCGAAGGGAGAACCAUGCAAUCCGUUUCCGGCUCAAUGAGGCUUUUCAGCCCAGUCCGACACAUGUGCACCCUGGUGCAGCUCGCGUGCGUCGCGACCAUCGCGUUAACCGUGGACGUUCACCACGAAGACGAUAAUCCACUUCUAGGUCUGCACAAGUGCACCGACUCGGAGUUCAAGUGCAAGAACGGCAUAUGCAUAGUCGGAACAUGGGUCUGCGAUGGCGACAAGGACUGCGGGGAUGGGUCUGAUGAGGAUCCAGCGGUUUGCCGAACGAAGACUUGCACGACGGAACAAUUCACAUGUCACUCGGGUAACGGCGAGUGCGUGGCGCUCACAUGGAUGUGUGACGGCACGCCGGACUGUACGGACGGAUCAGAUGAGAGUGAAUGCAACGACACUUGCCGAUCCGAUCAAUUCACGUGCGCCAACAAGCAGUGCAUCCAGCAGAGCUGGGUAUGCGAUAACGAUGACGACUGCGGGGACGGCAGCGACGAGAAGGAUUGCAAGCCAUUCACCUGUCUUCCUGAAACGGAGUUUGCCUGCUCCGAGAAUCACUGUAUACCGUCUAACUGGAGAUGCGACGGUGACGCUGAUUGUCCGAAUCGCACCGACGAAAUCGGAUGCAAGGAAUCUGCCAAUGGCCAUCGUUCCAGCCACUGUGGUGCAAAAGAAUUUGAUUGCGGAGAUGACAUGACAUGCAUAGGUCAAAAUUGGGUGUGCGAUGGCGAAAAAGAUUGCCCAAACGGUGCAGACGAAUCAUCGGAACGUUGUCACAUUGUCUGCAGACCUGAUCAGUUCCAAUGCGAAGAUCAUUAUACUUGCAUAUCAGGCCACCUGUUCUGCAAUGGCAAAGCAGAAUGUGCCGAUGGAAGUGACGAAAAGAACUGUACAAGUAAAACAGUCACUUGUGAUCCAUUGACUCAGUUUCAAUGUAGCGAAGGCUCCUGUAUUCCCAUGUAUAAGGUUUGCGAUAAGAAUCGGGACUGCAUUGGCUGGGAAGAUGAGAGUUCUGAGCUUUGUAAUGUAAACGAAUGUCUGGACAAGAAAGGUGGAUGUUCUCAACUUUGCAUCGACUUACCCAUUGGUUUCCGAUGCGAUUGCCUUCCUGGCUAUAGGUUAAUCGAUAACCGAACAUGCGAUGAUAUAAAUGAAUGUCUGGAACCAGGUAGCUGUUCUCAUUUCUGUCUGAAUGAAAAAGGCACUUUUAAGUGUAGUUGUGCUGAUGGUUAUCUCAAAGAUCAUAGAAAUCACACUCGCUGCAAAGCAUCAGAAGGUCAUGCGAGUCUUCUCUUCACCAGACGGCAUGAUAUUAGGAAAGUAGCUUUGGAUCGACAAGAGAUGACAGAAAUAGUAAACAAUACAAAGAUGGCAGCAGCUUUAGACUUCGUGUUCCGUACGGGUAUGAUCUUUUGGAGCGACAUAAGUGAAAGAAAGAUCUACAAAGCUCCGAUAGAUGAAGGUAACGAACGCACAGUUGUCAUUGAUGAUGGUUUAACAACGUCAGAUGGUCUUGCUGUUGAUUGGAUAUACAAUCAUAUUUAUUGGACUGAUUCUGAAAAGAACACCAUAGAAUUGGCCAAUUUCGAAGGUAACAUGAGAAAGACUCUCAUAAAGGACCAUGUGCAAGAGCCUAGAGCAAUUGCUCUAAAUCCCGCAGAAGGGUGGAUGUUCUGGACUGAUUGGAGCGAUGAAGCUCGUAUUGAAAAAGCUGGAAUGGAUGGUUCCCAUCGAAUGGUAAUAGUGGAUAAUGAUGUGAAAUGGCCAAAUGGACUGACCCUGGAUUUAAUAGGUAAAAAAGUGUACUGGGUAGAUGCAAAAUUAAACAUAAUUGGAUCAUGUAAUUAUGACGGAUCAAAUAAACGAACGGUUCUCUAUUCUCCCGAAUCGCUGAGACACCCGUUCAGUAUUACAACAUUUGAAGAUUACGUGUAUUGGACUGACUGGGAUAAAGAAACAAUAUUCAGAGCUAAUAAAUUUACUGGUAAAGAAGUGAAACCCGUCACGUCAGUUCAUACCGCGCAGCAGCCGAUGGUCGUUCACGUAUACCAUCCAUAUAGACAACCGGAUGGAAUUAAUCAGUGUCAGGCUGUGAAUGGACAUUGCAGUCAUUUAUGCUUGCCAGCACCGAAAAUUAACUCAAAAUCGCCUGUUCUUAGUUGUGCUUGCCCGGAUGGUCUGAAAUUAUUACCCGAUGGUUUGAUGUGCGUAGAAAAGGUAACUACAACUGUAGCACCUACAACGCAAGAAAGUAGUAAACCGUUCAAGAGACUUGUACCGCACAACGUUACCACCACUACUGACCAUCCGUCACAUUCGACAGAUGGAGAUGGAAAAGAUGGUCUUGCGGCCGAAUCAACGGAUGCUGGUUUAGUUGCCGGUAUAGUGAUAGGCGUGGCGUCUUUUGGACUGUCACUCCUUGCAUUAGUAGCAGUAUUGUGCUAUAGGCAUUAUCUUCAUCGUAACGUCACGAGUAUGAAUUUCGAUAAUCCUGUGUAUAGGAAAACCACUGAAGAUCAAUUUAGUCUUGAGAAAAAUAGGUUUCCACUCCCCACUGCUACUGUUGGAGAAGAGGCUCAGGAGCCAUUAACGAGUCCUGGAACUAAUGAUUAUGUUUAAGAUUCAAUCUAUUGAUGAAACGGGCUUAGCAGGCUGUUGAAAUAAUGUCGACCAAAUAACAAAAAGAAAUCAUAUGUAAAAAAUGAUGAAACGCACUAACGUCGAGGAAGCCUAUUUAAUAGUAUACCUGCGUUUGCCUGCCUGCCUGCCAACUCAGCUGUGAUUAUGUUUACUUUUUUUGUUUUUGUACUGUGCCUAUUUGUUUACAAAUUUAAGCAUCUCCUCAUUCAACUAUACUGUACCUACAUGUAUAUGCAACAUUUAGAUUUGCUCUGAGGCAUAAAGGGAAAAAUGUCUAGGUGAACUGUAAUUGUUGCCAAAUAAGCGUCACAAGAGCGCCCAUUUUCAAGUAGUUAAGUAAGGUACCAGAAAUUCCUACUGUGUAAUGUUCUCUCUUCGGUUUACAAUGCGUAAUGUGUAAUAUAGUGCUAUUUAUCACACUAAUGUGGGGUCACGUCGCAUAUAUGUUUAAAUUUAUAUAAAUAUAUAUACAUAGAAUAUUUUUAUCUACAUGUAAGAUCUUUAACUUGUUAUUGUUUCACUAUUUAUUCUGUAAGAGUAUACAUACUCAAGUAUAAUUUUCAGUUAGAUAUUUAGAUACUGUUGCAUAAUUAAAAUCACAUGUAUAUAAAACACAAAUUCAAAGUGUAUCAUAGAAAUAAUUUUUAAAAUCAUUAGUAACAAUAUUGAAUUAUCGAAAACCUUUACAGGUUCUUUAUGAAUUUGUUAAAUUAUUUAUAAUACAUUUUAAAAUGUAUAUU